CUUGACGUAACACCGCCGGCUCAAGAUCUACGGCUUGAAAUGGAGUGAGCUGGGUGCGAACUGGAUAGACAUGGUGUGCUUGCGAUAGGUAGUGGUUGUCUUUUAUUUCUUUUUUCAUAGUAUAGACUCAAUCUUCAGAAGGAUGAGAGAAAAGUAAGUUCAGAAUGCCGGCGAGCCCCAGAGAUCUGCUGAAAGUCCACUAGGUGUUACCUGAGACCCACUGACACCGACACGAUUUCAGUGUUGACGCAAGCUCUCUGACCUUUUCUGGUUUAAAGGUGCCGUCCGGCCUCUUGUUACGCUCUAGUGGGUCGGGUUUGCUACCUCCGGGCGCCUGCAAAUUUUGUUCCACUACAUUUGGGGACAUUUUUAUGUUUUUGUUGGAAUUUCCCCCGAUCCCGACGAAUGAAGUCCCAGUCUGUGUUAAUCUGAAUAUUGCGUCCGUAAACGAAGCCGUACCCAUCAUUUCCGUCCAUUAAAUGCAGCAGUGACUAAAUGAGCACAAUUGUGUGUCAUACCGUCUCCCGUCUGCAGGUGGUAGCAUUGCUCUACCGUUAUAGGCCUGGUGCUAAGAGCCAUUUGUGACUUCACGGCUUUCUAGAUGAUAGGUUAUUUGAUAAUGUGGCAGGGCCUGGAGCUUGUAGUGGUUCCCGACCACAGAGACCAGAAUAAGCUACCACGGGAAAUAAGCAGUUUUCUUUAAGAAGUUGGUUGUUUUAAGGCCUUUAUCAUACAAACCAGCACGCUUGCAAGGGUUUUCCACGUUGCCUUCUCUGCACUGGGGUCCCGGUAGGGCAAAAACGUGGUCUGUCUGCGGGUCCCCGAGGACCGGAUUGGGAAACAUUGCUCUCUAAAACACAGGUGCGUAAAGUAUUUCUCAAAUGUAACUGUAUCUGUGUUCUUGUUAAGGCCUCCCAGGCUGUCCUGCUCCUGUUGACAUUUCUAUGUCUGGGAUAACUUUAUCCAUAUGACCUUUGACUCUGCUUGUUUGCCCCCCACCCCAAUCCCAUGUCCCUUGUUGACAUAUGUCUGUCCAGGGUAUCCAGUUUGUAAGAAGGGGCUUCGUUUGUUCAGCGCACCACAAUGGAGAAGCCGUGGAGGCUGUGGGGGGUGGUGCAGAGGUGGCUCCUAGCCAUGGGCUCCUGGUCCUGGAGCGUGUGUCGGGUGUCUCUCCUGGCUCUCAUCCUCACCUUCCAUCUGUACGGCGGUUUCUUGCUGCUGGCGCUCAUCUUGGUGUCCGUGGCCGGGAUCCUCUACAAGUUUCAGGACGUGCUGCUCUACUUCCCCGAUCAGCCCUCCUCGUCACGCCUCUACGUCCCUGUGCCUACGGGGGUCCCGCACGAAAACGUCUUCAUCAGGACCAGGGACGGUGUGCGCCUCAACCUCAUCCUGCUACGGUACGUAGGCGAGAACCCCAGCCUGGCACCCACCAUCAUCUAUUUUCACGGCAAUGCCGGCAACAUUGGACACCGCAUUCCCAAUGCGCUGCUGAUGCUGGUGCACCUGAAGGUGAACGUGGUGUUGUUGGACUAUCGGGGUUAUGGGAAGAGCGAGGGCGAGCCCAGCGAGGAGGGCCUGUACCUGGAUGCGGAGGCCGCCCUCGAUCAUGUCAUGACGAGGCCGGACAUCGACAAGACAAAGGUCAUCCUGUUCGGACGCUCGCUGGGGGGGGCCGUGGCCGUGCACCUGGCCUCAGGGAAUCCCCACCGUGUAGCAGCCAUCAUAGUGGAGAACACCUUCCUGAGCAUCCCCCAUAUGGCCAGUACCCUCUUCUCCUUCCUCCCCAUGAGGUACCUUCCGCUGUGCUGCUAUAAGAACAAGUUCCUGUCGUACCGGCAGGUCGCACAGUGCCGGGUGCCUUCGCUCUUCAUCUCGGGGCUGUCUGACCAGCUCAUCCCGCCAGUCAUGAUGAAGCAGCUGUAUGAGUUGUCUCCCUCUCGGACCAAAAGACUGGCCGUCUUCCCGGACGGCACGCACAACGACACGUGGCAGUGCCAGGGCUACUUCGCUGCCCUUGAGCAGUUCAUCAAGGACCUCCUGAAAAGUCAUGCUCAGGAGGAAACCGUCCAAUCUGGGGCCAGCGUCACCAUCAUUUGAGCCCCUCCCCCACCCACCUGCUCUUGUUGGGUGAGGGUGAGCGGUGACAGAAUGUGCAUUUCUUAUGUUUUAUUAUUAUUAUUAUUAUUAUUAUUAUUAUUCACUUCACAUUUGUAAAAUUGCAUCAGAAUUAUGGUGAACCAGGUGUGGAAAUAAAAGGUACCCAUAGACUGCCAGAAUUUUAUGGAUGCAUGCUAAACUGUUUUAAUUAAUUUGGGCCUUAACUCACAGUACAACCAGAAGACACAUUUCAUUCCCGAGGGUUUUAUACCAAGUCUUCACUAUUCUUCUGAUUUAUGGAGCCAUUUCUAGAAGUACAGGUAGUCAUCACAUGUACAGUAGCAGGCUGUGCUGGUGCUUUUCUGGAACAAAGGGUGAGGAAACCGUGGAAAGGCUGCCUCGUUCUGUUGGCUACCGAACUCAGUGCGGCUUAGCCCCGGCGCUUUUCACACCAGCGGUCCCCAUUUUUAGCUGCGUGGUUGCGGUCUCAGGCUCGAAGCGCAGGAGCCAGUCCGAGGUCGUUGACAUGCCUGCUGUGUCAGCACACUGGCGUACAUUGCACCGUAACUGUAGAUUUUUUUAAGAGAGCGCAGCGAUUGUAUUGUAGCCACACAUCUAAGAAGGCCGCUGGAGUUUAUAGACAAAAUUAUUCCUUUUUUUUUCUUCUUCUCCAUGAAUGCUUUGUUUCCCCCCCCAGUUUUUUAUUUUUAUUUUUUUAAAGUCCCUGAACUUCACCUUUUUUUUUUUAAAUAAAUGGAGUGACUGUUUAGGGGGAACAUCCUGGUGAGCUGAUUAUCUGCACGUCUUCCAGGAAUUACGUCCGUAUGAAAUGGAAUAUCUGAACAUUCCUUAAAUAAUUUCCAAGCCAUUUACACAUUACAUUGGUACAAUGUCCAUUGUAUCACAUUUCAGUUAAAUGGAUUUCUGCUGUGUGUGUGUGUGUGUGUGUGUGUGUGUGUGUGUGUGUGUGUGUGUGUCUGCAUUCAGGUUACAGGUGCUCUGCACUUAAUGUUCACCCCCCAUUUUUCUAUUACACAUAUUUAAUUGAAGCAAAUCACGACACACUGCAGCCAAUCAUUAUUCCAUCAUUCAACCAUAUACUUUAGGCACUAGUGGUUAAGUUCCAAAUGGGUGGGUCUUGCUGUUAAAUUAUACCUUCUUGGAUCUCAUUGCAUCCUGAGUGACUGGCUCUACUGGUUUCAUUUGUUGACCUGUUUUAACUUUUGGCCUAUUUUGGCACUUAGAUUACAAAUGAAAGUGAUGUGAUUGAAGCAUAUCAAUUAAUGCAUAUCAAUUAAGUUUAACGAGUAAUAGUAAAUCCUAUGUUAAUUGCCUGAAAGUUUCUAUAGAUGUUCAUUGCUAGAUGUUCAUAAACAAAGUUAGCAUUUGUGCAGGUAUAAUUCAGAUAUUACUGAUGGCCUUAUUGAUUUUCUAAUACUUAAUUUGUUUUUAUGGUUUAAAAAUAAACUGAGUCUCUGACAUGAGAAUAGGAUUGCAUACAUACCCACACUCAAAACAAUGUGCCAUGGUUCAUUGAAUGUUUAUAGAAAUCCAAUGUGUAUUCUUGGUUUUGUUUUUUUGCAGUGCUGAAAUGGUUGGAUAUUGAUAUUAUUUAUAAGAAGGCAUGGAUUGCGGAUGGCUUGUCAUCCCUUUGUCUUUCUUCACACUUAUUGUAUCAGAGUGAGAAUUUAACUUUUUUUAGAUACAGUCACAGUUUCUAUUUUAUUUACUGUUACAUGCAAUAAAUUGAAAUUAAGGUUCAGCGACUUGUCUAGUGUUUGGCUUCUGUAAGAAUUUGUUAAAUGUUGGGGAAAUUUUUCCACGUCCUGUGUAAAAGGGUAAUUGAACUGCGAAAUAAAGGAUAACGUGAUUGCGAUUAACUGGAAUAGCAAUGAUCUUUUUUCUCUUCAAAAUAAAGUGAAAAUUGCACAUCA